AUGAUAUUUNUUAGAUAUUUCAUUACAAAGUUAUAUUUAGGUAUUAAAUUAGGUGUAUCAUUACAAUACUUAGAGGAAUAUAAUAAUGCUUUGAUUAGUUAUGAUUAAGCACUUAAACUUAAUCCAAAACAUAUAGAUUCAUAUAUAAAUAAAGGUAAGAAUCAAAUUUUAUUAAUUAGGAAUUACUUUAAACAUGCUAAAACGAUAUGCUGAAGCUGUCAAAUAAUAUAAUUAUGCCAUUGAAUUGAACAAACAAAAUGCAGAUGCUUAUAAUAGGAAAGGUAUUGAAGAAUGGUUUUAAUAAUAUUAUUAGGGUUUUCAUUAUAUUAAUUAAAGAAAUAUGAAGAAGCCAGAAAUGCUUAUGAUCUUGCCCUUAAAUAUAGCCCAUAGGAUACAUAAAUAUAUAUUAAUAAAGGUAGUUAAUAAUUUUUUAUUUAGGAAUUACUUUAAUGUAAUUACAGUAAAACUAAGAAGCUAUAAAUUAAUUUGAUUAAGCUAUUUUAUUGAAUCCAAAUGAAGAAGAUGCGUAUAGUUGGAAAGGUUAAUAUUGAAAUAAUAUUAGGAUUCACACUAGAAAAAUAACACAUGUAUUAGAAAGCAAUCUAAACAUUCAGAUAUGCUUAAUGUUUAUUUGAAAAUUAGGGUAAUUAAUAUGAAGGAAAUAUUUUGGUAUGGAAAUAAUACCGUUGA